UCCAGGUGCCCUACACCGGAGAGGCUGAGACCCGAGGAGCUCCAGGUGCCCUACACCGGGGAGGCGCAUGCGGUGGGCUCUCUUAUACCGGAAACCCAACGACCAACCAACCAAAACCCGGGGGUGUUCACUGCUGAUUAUCGUCGGUGAUAUGCGCAUCGGAUGACGAAAAGAGCGUGAGACCCAUUUCUGCAGAGCCCGGGGAUGGAGCUGCGCACGCCAGGAUGCAGCCCGUGGACUACGGACAGCGUUUUAAUGUCCAAGUAAGGUAGACCCGAGGACUGGACGCAGAAAAGCGUAAGACAAUACAGGAAUAUCUGACAGCUAUAACUUAUACAUCCAAGAGGAAAAGACGAAGAAACAGCGCUCGGUACAAGAGAAUCAUGGGCUGACGUGGAAGGUUUGGGCAAACGAACCGAAUGGCGUGUGCUAAGUGAAGACCAACCCAGAGAGUUUUGCGCUCGGGAAGAUAACGGUGCCGGCGGAUGAGCGUGUGCGCAGACGCGUGAAGGGAAGCGGCAGAUCCGUGAUGGCAGCCAAUCACGAUUCUGGGUUGCUGUUGGUCACAGUCAGUCACGACUAUCUGGGCCAGAGAAUCUUCCGGGUCCCAUGGGGUGCCGCAGUCCAGGACAUCAAGCAGCUCAUCUACCAAGAAACCAACUUGCCCGUGUGUGAGCAGCUGCUGCUUCACCAUGGCAACGUGAUUAGUAACCGAGUUGAGAUUUGGACCUUGGUACCACAAGGGAGUCCUGAAAUAUUCAUGACACUGCAUGGACGUGGAUUGAGAGGGGGAGGGAGAUUUGGGCAGACUACCCCCCCACUGGUAGAGUUUCUGAAGGAUAUUUUACGACGAUAUCCAGAGGGCGGACAAAUAUUGAAGGAGCUGAUUCAGAAUGCAGAGGAUGCAGGUGCCACAGAGGUCAAGUUCCUGUACGAUGAGACCGAAUACGGAGUGGAUUUGCUCUGGUCACAUGAUAUGGCCCAGUACCAAGGUGCAGCCUUGUAUGUGUACAACGAUGCAGUUUUCACGGCAGAGGACUGGAAUGGAAUUCAAGAGAUAGCAAGAAGCAGGAAAAGGGAGGACCCUUUAAAAGUGGGGCGGUUUGGUAUUGGAUUCAACUCUGUUUACCACAUAACAGAUGUCCCAAGCAUAUUCAGUGGGGAUCAAAUUGCAAUGCUGGACCCUCAUCAGUUGCUGUUUGGAGUCCAUGAGUCUGGACAGUGCUGGAACCUGAAGUCCGACAUAAAGGAGGUCACGAAGUUGAGUGAUCAGUUCGCCCCGUUCGUCGGCCUGUUUGGCAGCUCGGAGAAGACUAUCGCAGAUGGCAACUUUCCAGGAACGCUGUUUCGCUUCCCCCUCCGCACGAAGCCAUCUCAGCUGAGCAGCAAUAUCUACAACAAAGAGAAAGUUCUGGAGCUGUUUGAGUCUUUCAAAGCAGAUGCAGACACUGUGCUGCUCUUCCUGAAGAGUGUGCAGAAGGUCUCGCUCCACACGCGUGAGUCAGAUGGUACCGAACGACUGCUCUUCCAGGUCACGGCAGGGGAGAACUCCGAACGCAAGCUUGAGCGGCCAACUUCGCUGAAGACUUUGGACCUGGCCAUAAACAACUACAGCAACAGUGUGCCAAACGACUCGGUGACCUGUGCCACAUACCAGCUCGCCAUCGACGUGUAUGACAAACCUGCCAAGGAGAAACAGAAGACCAUGUGGCUCGUGUGCAAUGCCGUGGGCGGAAGAGGCAUGUGCAGGGAACUGGACUCCCUGGCAGAUGAUCUGAAGUUCAUACCAACAAUUGGCAUAGCUUUGCCUCUGACACAUUGUGAUGAGGCCAAGGGUGCCACUUCCAGCUUCUCAGGGCGGGCGUUCUGCUUCCUUCCACUGCCCCUGGGAGAGGAGAGUCUCACAGGGUUGCCGGUGCAUGUCAGUGGUUUCUUUGGCCUGACUGACAACCGUAGGAGCAUCAAGUGGAGGGAGGUGGACCAGUGGAGAGACCCGGCCGCCCUUUGGAAUGAACUCCUCAUCACCACGGUCAUGCCAAGGGCUUACUACACACUCAUCAUGGAAACCAUUAAGAGAAUUCAGGCCAAUAAGAACCAAGAUUUUCCACUUUCUCCCAGAGCUUUGUAUGGAGCCUGGCCUGACACUAACAGGAUACGUCCCCACUGGAGACCCAUCAUUGAACCCCUCUACCAUGACUUGCUCCAGCAGCCUGUCAUCUUCUCGCUUAGCAGCACCUGGGUGAACGUGGAGGAUGCAGUGUUUUCAGAACUUGACUCCACGAAGGACUGCGCAGAGACCGUGAUCGAAUACCUCCAGAGCUCAGGGAUCACCCUGGCACAGGUGCCAGUCAACGCUGCUGGGGCCCUUGACACGUUCGCCACCAAACCCGAAAGUCUGAGGAAAGUCACGCCUUCUUUUGUACGACAAACACUAAGGAAAGCCAGACACACGGGGGCCUUGCGAGAGAAACUGCUUCUGCUGGAGUUUAUUCUCAGCGAUGGCUGCUACAGUGACCUGAUUGGACUGGAGAUGCUGCCCUUGCAAAAUGAGUCUUUUGUUGCAUUUUCCUCCUCGGUUAGUGACAAGGAUGCUGUUUAUGUUGCUUCUGAAGAGUAUCCAAGGUCCCUUUACCCAGGUCUGGAAGGACGAUUCGUGCUGGAAAGCAUUGCACCACAUGUCAUGAACAGCCUGAAAGAGGCUGGGAGAAGCAGAGGAAGGCCCUGCACUCAGGUUCAGGUUUUAACUCCAGAGAGAUCUGCACGCCUCAUAAAGGAAAUCCUUAUGACAGCCUGGCCUUCCAGAGACUUUGUCGUGCAGUGGAACCCCGGUAACCAAGAGAAAAAACAUCCAUCAACAUCUUGGCUCCGAAUGGUCUGGAAGCAUCUCUACAUUAAUUUUGCUGAUGACCUUAGUACCUUUGAAGACAUGCCUUUGAUUCCGAACGUGCCACUGAAUGACAGUAUCGCCUCUUUGGAGCUCCUGCGUCUUAAGGCUCCAUCUCCAAUCAUUGUAGUGCAUGAAGAAGAGGGUCCUUUAUGUGAAGUCCUGCUGGAAGUCAUAAAGAAGCUCGGAGGAGUUGUCUUAAGUAAACUGGACCCCUGCUUGCAACACCCACUACUGAAAAACUACUUCCACCAGUUGUCUCCAAGCACUUUACUGCAAAUUAUGGACAGGGCCUCAUCCCAAAGACUUUCUAGCCAAGUGUCAUCCCUCACUGGGAAACAAAAAAAUACUCUGAGAGGUUUCUUGGCUGGUCUCACAGAUGUCACUGAGAAAGAGAAACGCAUAAUUCAAGACCUCCCCAUCUUUGUGGAAGUGGGGCAAUGUUCAGAGAAGGGAACACCAUCCUUUACCUCUCUGAAAGGAGCCAGAGCAUUGCACCAUUCUGCCAAGUGCCCUUCAGAUGUUAAGUUAUCCAUUCAUGUGGUGGAAAGCAGUGAUGAGGCAACUAUUCGACUCGUUGGAUUGUUAAAUGUGGAGCAGGUCAAAAGCGCAGAAUGUCUCAAAGUAAUUCUACAGGACAUCGAUAAAGGGUUUUAUAGCAAAGAUGAAGUGAGAAGCAUCAUGCUCUGGGUGCUUACCCAUUUCUCAUUUCUUAAGAAUGAGAACAAAGCAGUGGUCAGUUGGCUUUCCUCACUGAAGUUCAUAUUUUCCUCCUCAGGAAAAAUGCUUGCAGCAACAGACCUUUUUGAUCCUGAGCUGGAGAUACUGCAGACCCUCUUCUAUAUGGAAGAAGAAACUAGAUUUCCUCCAGACACAUACACGUCAUCUCCUGAUAUUCUUCAUUCUCUAAGGCAGUUAGGGCUCAAGAAUGAAGUCCAGCUUACUGAAAAAGACGUACUUCAAAUUGCCCAGAAAAUUGAAGAGUUACAGGGAAGUAGUAAGCCAGAAUGGGAGUCACUGCGGAACAAGGCAAAAACACUUCUUAUGAUAUUGAACAAGCAAACAAAGUUAGUUAAGUCUUCAGAAGUUCAGACAUCCCUGAAGAAACUGAAAUGGGUACCUGUCUGCAAGGACCGACCUUUAAAUUACCCCAAGACUCUUGCCUGGAAAGGAGACACUUGUAAUAUUUCCUCCCUGUCUGAAAUGUGUGAUAUGUCUCAUGCAGUGCUUGUUGGCUCUUCAGUAGCACUGGUCGAACGGACAUCUGUUGGUAUGAAGAAAGCUCUGAUGUUAUCCAUAGAGCCUCAAGUCGACCAAGUGCUUCAGCAUUUAAAAGCAGUAAACGAUUGGCACAGAUCACAGGCGUUUACCACAGAGGACUGGUAUCAGUUUCAGCAGAUCCUUUUUGAGAUUUAUGACUUCAUGCAAGUACAUUUAGAGGAUGCAAGAGAAGCAUUGAAAUCUCUGUCUUUUGACUGGGUUUGGACGGGCAGAACAUUUGCAUCCCCUGGCCACACAGCCCUGAAACAUAUAACAGACUUGGAUCUACAGCCCUUCCUGUACUCAUUACCAAAGACAAUUGCAAAGUUCCACAAACUUUUCAAAUUCUGUGGUUCUGUUGAUGAAAUUGAUGCUAAUCACGUGUUUGAGGUGGUCAAUACAAUUAAAGAAAGAAGUGAACAGGAAAUGACAAAAAAAGAAAGCAAACACAAUAUCCUUCUCUUGAUAAACAUUUUACGAUGGCUGUAUAACAGUCAAAUAUCAGUGAAUGUUGACAUGCAUGUGCCCAUUCUUUGCUACAAAGAUCCAGGAAAAUUGGUCAUGAAACCAAUUCAUGAAUGCACAUACUGUGACAUCAAAGUGGAUGAUUUGAACGACUUGCUGGAUGAUACCACAGAGCCCAUCAUCCUGGUACAUGAUGACAUACCAAUGAAAACCGCAGAGUGGUUAAGAGUUCCCUGUUUGAGCACAAGGCUCAUAAACCCAGAGAACCUUGGAUUUGAACAGUCUGGCCAGACGGAACCACUAACAGUAAGGAUAAAGAAUAUUUUGGAGGAAUAUCCAUCGGUUGCCGAUAUCUUCAAAGAGCUUCUGCAGAAUGCUGAUGAUGCAAAUGCAACUGAAUGCAGUUUCCUGAUUGACAUGAGAAAAAAUCUUGACAUUCGAGAAAAUUUACUGGACCCUGGAAUGAUGGUGUGCCACGGCCCUGCUCUGUGGUCGUUCAAUAACUCUGUUUUCUCUGACAGAGACUUCCUCAACAUAACCAGAUUGGGAGGGUCCAUGAAACGGUGUGAAGCAGACAAAGUGGGCACAUUUGGGUUAGGGUUCAACUCCGUGUACCAUGUGACUGACAUACCCAUCAUCAUGAGCAGAGAAUUUAUGAUCAUGUUUGAUCCCAACAUCAACCACAUCAGCAAACACAUCAGGGACAAAUCAAACCCAGGUAUCAAAAUCAACUGGAGUAAACAGCAAAAAAGACUGAGAAAGUUUCCAAACCAGUUCAAGCCUUUUGUUAAUGUGUUCAACUGCCAGCUUCCCCUCUCUCAAGAGUCUCCUUACAAAUAUGAUGGAACACUCUUCCGACUGCCAUUCAGGACAGAGAAUGAAGCAGCAACAAGUGAAAUUAGCAGCAUAUACUACAACACCCCUGAUAUCUAUUCACUAGUUGAUGAAUUUAGCAUCUGUGGCCACCGGCUGAUCCUCUUCACCCAGCAUGUUGGCAUGAUGGUCCUAAAGUAUCUAAAAUCCGAGGACCUGAAUCCCGCCGCUGCGCAGGAUGUGGUCACAAUUAACAAAAGUGUUUGGUCUUCCAAAGCAGCUUACGGUCCCCUCAGCAUUCUGAGGUCUGCAGCCAAAGCCAUGAAAAAAGUGGCAGCAACCAACAGAGUACCUGCUGAUAUUCCUAAGUCUGGCUGCAUCAUCAGAAUUGUGGUAGAGGAAUUUCACAAUGUGUUCAGGCGGAUUCUGGACCUGCAGUCGCCCCUUUUCCGAGGUUCUGAAGAGGAUCCAUCCUCAUACUUUGAGAUAGCAGCAAAAGGCUCUCAGACAAAAAGACUCAUAGACGAAAUGCCCCAGAAGGCCAUGGAAAACACAAACUGGCUCAUCUGUUCGUGCAUGGAUGCAACCGAAGCUCUAAAGUUCUCUCUGAGUGAAAGCGGCAAGCGCCUGGGACUGGUGCCAUGUGGGGGUAUAGCAGUCCUGCUGUCUGAGGAAGAAAACCGAAAAUGGACACUUAAGACAAAUGCAAGCCCAAUCGGAGAGGUAUUCUGUUACUUACCUCUCAGAAUAAAGACUGGACUACCUGUGCACAUCAAUGGAUGUUUUGCAGUUACUUCAAAUCGUAAAGAGAUCUGGAAAACAGACACAAAAGGACAGUGGAACUCCAUUUUCAUGAGACAUGUGAUUGUCCAGGCAUACUUGGCUGCACUUAAUAUGCUGCGAACUAUGUCGGAAAAUGGGGAACUCCUUGACUACAGCUAUUACGCAGCCUGGCCUGAUCCUGGAGCUGUACAUGAUGAUUUUAAUUUGAUUUGCCAAGGAGUGUAUCAAGAAAUCGCCAAAGGCGGCAGUAAUGCCAAUGCAAAAGUCUUUUCAGAUGGCAAAACCUGGGUGUCAAUCAAAUAUGUUCGGUUCUUGGAUGACUCCUUGCUCUGCAGACCUGAUGUCGGACCAGCUGCCUUCAAAAUAUUUAUGAAAUACCUCAAGUGUGACUCCCAAGAUCUCUGUGCUGUUGAUUUGCCAGACUGGGUAAAAGAAGGUUUUGUCGAUGCUGGCUGUAAAGAGAAACUGAUGGAGAACACACUCACGGAGAGACGGUUCUUUUCAGAUGUAUUCUUCCCCCAUAUACAAGACAUAGACAGAGACCUUCGUGACCCACUGAUGCAUUAUGUCCUCAAUGAAAAGUUGGAUGAUUUCGCAGAUAUACUGAGAGGGACUCCAUGUAUUCCAUGUUCUGGGCCAUCACACAGGCUUGUUCUACCCUCUAGGCUCAUACACCCAGAAGGAAGAGUUGCCAAACUGUACCAUAGUGAUGAUGGGCGGUUCCCUGAAGGAAGUGUGAAAGACUACCUGAAUCCAAUAUGUCUGGUGAAGUUAGUAGAGUUGGGUAUGGUAAAAGAUGAUCUCUCGUGGGAAGACUUGACUGAGCGCGCUGAGUCUGUAAUGGCACUUAAUGACACUGACCAUACAGCUGCAUGCGUCAGAAGCAGUAUACUGCUUAGCCUUAUCGAUGAAAAGCUAAAACUGAGAGACACAGGAGGCAAUGAAUAUGUUGCAAAAUUACAAGCCACCAAGUUCCUGCCCUUCUUGACAAAGCCUGCUGGCUUUUCCCUCCCUUGGCAUGGAAAUAAUUUUAAACAGACAACAAUGUUCCCUGCAACAGAGCUUUUUACAACAGAGCAUCAGGACACUGUGUGUUUGAUGAAACCAAUCUUGAAUGAGAAUUCUCCCUCCUUUAAAGGAUGUGGCCCCAUUUCUUUGGCUGUAAAAGACUUUCUUGGACUGAUUAAAAAGCCAACUGUUGGUCUAGUCAUCAGCCAGCUCAGAGAACUGUCAAAAUCAUUUGAUGGUGUCACACUGUAUCAGGAAAAUAUAACGAAUGCCUGCUACAAAUACUUGCAUGAAGAGAUGAUGCAAUCCCAAACUGCACAGGAGGAAAUUGCAGAUAAGUUGAAAAGCUUCAGUUCAAUUCUAGUGGAAAACACGUAUGUAAAUCCAUCAAAAGUGGCAUUUCAUUUGAAUUUUGAUGCUGCUCCAUAUCUCUACCAGCUUCCUAACAAAUACAGAAAUAGCUGUCGUGAGCUCUUUGAAAAUGUGGGGGUUCAGCCAAGCUACACGGUUGAAAAUUUCUCAGAUGUCCUGGAACAAAUCAAAAGUGAAUGUGGGAGCAGAUGUCUGACAGAGGAUAACUUUCAGCUCUGUCGCAGGAUCAUAAGCGAAGGAAUAUGGAGUUUGAUUAGAGACAAAAAUCAGGAGUUCUGCCAAAGUAACUAUGGACAGAUACUCUUACCUGACAGAAAUCUCUUUUUGCAACAAUCUAAGUCACUAUGUUACAAUGACUGCCCUUGGAUUAAGGUUAGAGAUACAACUGUUAAGUAUUGUCAUGGAGAUAUUCCAAGAGAAGUAGCAGUAAAAUUGGGGGCAAUUCCAAAACGUCAUAAAGCCUUGGAAAGGUAUGCUUCCAAUAUCUGUUUCACAACACUUGGAAGUGAGUUUGGGCAAAAGGAGAAACUCACCAGCAGAAUCAAGAGCAUUCUCAAUGCAUACCCAUCUGAGAAGGAGAUGCUGAAAGAGCUCCUUCAGAAUGCAGAUGAUGCCAAGGCAACAGAGAUAUACUUUGUGUUUGAUCCCAGGAUCCAUCCAACAAACAGAAUAUUCGAUGACAAAUGGGUGCCUAUGCAAGGCCCAGCACUCUGUGUGUAUAACAAUCAGCCAUUCACAGAGGAUGAUAUCAGAGGGAUCCAGAAUCUCGGUCGAGGCACCAAAGAGGCAAACCCUGGCAAAACUGGGCAGUAUGGUAUUGGAUUCAAUUCUGUGUAUCAUAUCACUGACUGUCCAUCUUUUAUCUCAAAUAAUGACAUUCUCUGUAUCUUUGACCCACACGCACUUUAUGCACCUGGGGCAACAUCUGUUAGCCCAGGGAGAAUGUUCAGGGAUUUGGAUUCUGACUUUAGGUCCCAAUUUUCUGAUGUCCUGAAUUCAUAUUUGGGCAACCAUUUCAAGCUGGAUCGGUGCACAAUGUUUCGCUUCCCCAUACGUACAGUAGAUAUGGCAAAAAUUUCAGAGAUCAGUUCAGUGCCUGCAUCAGACAGAAUGGUUCAGAAUCUCCUGGAUAAGUUACGAACAGAUGGUGCAGAGCUACUUAUGUUUUUGAAUCACAUGGAAAAAAUUUCAAUAUGUGAAAUAGAAAAUGGGACAGGAGAACUGAAAACAUUGUAUUCUGUGACUGCAAAAAUCACAGAUGGCGAUCGUCUGAAACGCAAGCAGUUUCACGCUUCUGUGGUGGACAGUGUGAUAAAGAAAAAGAACUUAACCCAAAUCCCAGUUCAACAGAUUACAUACACAAUGGACAUUGAGGACUCAGGUGGAAACUCAACAACCUGGCUAGUGUGCAACAGGUCUGGCUUCUCUGAUAUGGAAAAAGUCUCCAAGAGUGUAAUAUCAGCCCACAAAAAUGAGGACAUCACACUCUUCCCACGAGGUGGGGUGGCAGCAUGCACGAGCCACAACUACAAAAAAGCUCACAGAGCCUUCUGUUUUCUACCCCUCUCACUGGAGACCGGCCUGCCUUUUCAUGUGAAUGGGCAUUUUGCCUUAGAUUCUGCCAGAAGGAACCUGUGGAGGGAUGACAAUGGAGUUGGAGUGAGGAGCGACUGGAACAGUAACCUAAUGAUGUUGCUAAUAGCUCCUGCGUAUGUGGAGCUGCUGGUACAGCUGAAACGUCGCCUCUUUCCUGGUCCUGAUCCUACUAUGACAGUCCUACAAGGAACACCAGUCCAUGUUGUAAAAGACACUCUGCGAAAGUUCUUAUUUUUCUUCCCUGUAAACAGACUAGACAUUCAGCCAGAUUGGUACUGUUUGGUAAAAGCAAUUUAUCAGUGUAUUCACGUUGACUUGAAAAGACUCCUUCCUGUUGUCAGAGCUCCACAAAUAGACAACACAGAUAUACACUCAGCAAUAUACAUUUGCUGGGUCAAUACGUCCCCCUCAAAUAAAAGCAGGGCAUUCUUUGACAAUUUGCUGCAGGACGAAUUGCAGCACCUGAAAAACACAGAAUACAACAUUACCACACGUAAAUCUGUGGCAGAAAAUGUUUACAGACUGAAGGCCAUGCUUCUGGAUGUUGGCUUCAACUUAGUUCACAGUUGUGAUGAGACAGCCAGCCUAUACUUUUGCCUGGAAGAUUCAGGUAUUCCGGUCAGCUACGUGACACCAGAAGAUGUCCGAAACUUCCUGCUGACAUUUUCAUCACCAGACACCUCUUGCCAAAUUGGAAAACUGCCUUGUAGACUUCAGCAAUCUAAUGUCAAGCUCUUCCACAGUCUGAAGUUGCUGGUGGACUACUGCUUCAAAGAUAUUGAGGAAGACGAUGUCAGAAUAGAGGGUCUGCCACUGCUAUUGACAAUGGACAACAGUUUGCAAGUGUUUGACUCUAAGCGGCCAAAAUUCCUGACUACUCAUCAUGAACUAAUCCCUUCCCGGAAAGAACUGUUCAUGAACAACCUGUACAUGAGAUACAGCCACAUUCUUUUUAAAGCUGGUGUGGCAAAGAUCUUUGACAUAAGCAGCUUUGGAGACCUACUGGGAUCUGUCCUACCCCGAGAGUACAGAACAAGGGUCGCUGUGAGGUGGAAGGAAAACUAUGCUAGUGAUUCUUGGCUGAGAAGUGUAUGGAAUUUCAUCAAUGAGAAUAUUGGCAUCAAAGAUGACCAGACAGACAUAAAGCCAAAAUUUGAGACAGUCCUGGAUAUCCUUAAAGACUGGGCUCUCCUACCAGGGAUCAAGUUCAUGGUGUCAAGCAACAAGUUAGUUGUACCAGAACAUGAUGUUUUGCUACCUCUGAGCCUAGUGUAUGCUGCCAUUUUCCCCAAUGGACAAAAUGACAAAGUCUUCCAUACCGUGAUGAAAGCAGGAUGUUUUCAGGUGGCUAUAAACAAAAUAUGUGCCAAAGAAAAUCCUAUCUUGCCUCUGCUGGCACAGCACACAGCAAAUGUUGACAAUCCCUCCAGCAUUCUGAGAGCCAUUGAGUACAUGAUCCAGACAUCAGCUUUCAAAGCAGGAAGCCUGACAGAAAAAGACUUUGAAGCUCUCUUGCUGUACUUUAACUCUAAUUUGAAUAACCUAAGCCCAGAUGACGUACAAAGUCUGAAACUGUUACCAUGUUAUAGAGCUGUCAGUGGCCGACACGUUAGCAUUGCAAGCUUCGGGGCAUGUUAUGUACUGACCAAAAGCAUUCCCUCUAUUGAUAUAGAAAAAUGGGCACACACUACUUCUUCAAUAUUUCUAGUUGACAAUUCACAGCUGAAAGAGCUCUACACCUUUCUUGGGUGCACACCAAUCGAUGAUCUGGAGGUAUACCUGAAGCACCUUCUACCGAAGUUUGACAUUCUGUCGUAUGAUGCCAAAAUCCAACACAUGAUCUAUCUUAAGGAGCAGUUAAUGGCAAUAGAGGAGGCCUGUGGCAUAAGGGAUCAACUGUAUGAAAAACUGGAAAGUCUGUCCUUCAUUUAUGAUUCAACAAGCAGACUAAAACCAGCCACAGCUUUCUACGAUCAAACAGUAAAAGUAUUUGAAGUGAUGCUACCACCCAAAUCUUUCAUCCCUGCUGAAUUCUUCAGGAAAAUUGAACAAAUGUUAAAACCAAAAAAUGGUAUCUCCUUCUUACCUUCGUGGAUAACAUUCCUACGCAUGAUAGGCUUAAAAUAUAUUGUGUCUCAGCAGCAAGUUCUACAGUUCGCAAAAGAGAUCAGCAUCAAGGCUCAAACAGAGAACUGGUCCAAAGAAAAGGUUCAGACCAUUGACGAUGUUCUCCUGAAUCACAUUUUCGGUGAGAGGACAGAUCUCUUUGAAGGACAAUUUCUCAAAGAACUCUCUGCAAUACCAUUCCUUUUUCCAGAGCGUGCUCCAGCAGAACUGGUUAGAUUGCAUCCUCAGUACCAAGAAAUAAAUGGCUCUGUUCCUUUAAUUCGCUUCAAUGGGUCUCAAGUUAAUCCAAAAUUCAAGCAAACCGAUAUCAUGCAAUUGCUCUGGACAUCAUGUCCCAUACUGCCAGAGAAGGCCACCCCAGUAAGCAUAACAGAUCAAGAGGGAAGUCCACUUGCAGGCCAAGAACAGCUUGACAAAGUGUUGGCUAUGUUAAAUGUAAAUAUAGACCCACCUUUGGAAAAGGUCAUUAGCAACUGCAAAAACAUAUGCAGCGUUACAAACUUGGAUGAUGACACAGUGAAAACAAGAUACAAAGUCUUGAAGAGCACGUAUGAAUUCCUUAAUGCAGAUAAACGAGAAUUCCGUCAACAGUUACGAGGGGUGGCAUUUGUUAUGGUUGAGGAGGGUUGGAAGCUUUUGAAACCAGAAGAGGUUGUCAUUAAUCUGGAUAAUGAAGCAGACUUUAAGCCGUAUCUAUACAAACUUCCACUUGAACUUGGUACAUUUCACCAGCUGUUCAAAGUCUUGGGAACUGAGGACACUGUAUCAACAAAACAAUAUGUUGAAGUGUUGUGCCGGAUAUACAGAAGUUCAGAAGGCAAACAGCUUGACCCGAAUGAAAUGAGAACAGUAAAAAGAGCGGUAUCUGGAUUAUUCAAAAGUCUCCAGAAUGAUCCAGUACAUAUACGCAAAGAUCUAGAGACCCUGAGAGAGUUCACGUUUUACCUGCCAAGUCAUGAUGGCCGACUUGCCAAGUCAAACAGUUUAGUUUUUGAUGAUGCACCUCAUUACAAGGGCAGAAUCCAAGGUAAUGUUGGAGUCCAAAUGCUUGUUGACAUGAGCCAGUGCUACCUUGGCAAAGAUCACACCUUCCACACUAAGCUAAUUACAUUGCUUCCACAGAAAUUGAGGCCCAGACUUUUGAGUAGCAUUUUGGAGGAGCAACUUGAUGAAGAGUCUCAGAAAAUGUGCCAGUUUGGAGCCCUCUGCUCCCUUCAGGGUCGGCUUCAGCUCUUACUCUCCUCUGAGCAGUUCAUUACUGGACUAAUACGCAUCAUGAAGCAUGAGAAUGACAACGCUUACAUGGUCAAUGAGGAAAAAGCAAUACGACUGUGCAAAGCCUUAUGUGAAGGCUUGAAGGUGUCCUGUUUUGAGAAGCUACAGACAACAUUGAGAGUCAAAGGUUGCAGUCCUAUUCCACACAGCAAGAGUGAGACCCUGGCCUUCCUGAAGAGAUAUGGCGCAUCAGUCAUUCAUCUCUACAUUCAACACUCAGACAGCAAGGAUAUCAACUUUCUCCUUGCUCUUGCAAUGACCCUCAAGUCUGCAACAGACAAUCUGAUUUCUGAUACAUCCUAUCUCAUUGCUAUGCUGGGCUGCAAUGACAUAUACAGAAUCACAGAAAAGCUGGACAAUCUUGGCGUCAAAUAUGAUUCAACAGAACCCUCGAAACUUGAGCUUCCCCUCCCUGGGACACCGAUACCCGCAGAGAUACAUCAUAUACUUCUAAUGGACCCUAUGAAUGUAUUCUAUCCUGGAGAAUAUGUGGGCUAUCUAGUUGACUCAGAAGGCGGAGAUAUUUUGGGGUCCUAUCAGCCAACCUACACAUAUGCCAUCAUUGUUCAAGAGGUGGAGCGAGAAGAGGACGACAACCCAAGUUUUCUAGGUAAAUGCUACCAAAUUGACAUUGGAUACAGUGAAUAUAAAAUUGUAAGCUCCCUUGAUCUGUAUAAAUUCUCAAGACAAGAUGACACCGCCCAUAUUCGAGAUGGUACACCACCAGCACAGACAAGCCCAUCAGAGAGUAAAUGCCCAGACCCCAGAAUGGUUCCACCUAUUUUUACUGGCAAGGAAAAUCACAUAGCUCCUCCGACAAAGAUUUCUCCUAAAAAGAUUAAGCUUAAUGCAUUACCUGAAAUUCUGAAAGAAGUGACUUCAGUUGUAGAGCAGGCUUGGAGACUUCCUGAGACUGAGCGAAAGAAGAUAAUCAGGCGUUUGUAUCUCAAGUGGCACCCUGAUAAAAAUGCGGAAAACCUUGACAUUGCCACUGAGGUCUUCAAGCACUUACAGAACGAAAUCAACAGGAUGGAGAGGCAAGCCCAGGCAGAGCAGACCACAGACAGGGCAACACGAAGAACUUUCUCUACCUCUUCUACUCGCUUCCAGUCGGAGAAGUUCUCUUUUCAAAGAUUUUACACAUCAUGGAACCAGGAAGCAACAAGCCACAAGUCUGAGAGACAACAGUUUCGAGAGCAGUUUACAAGUUAUGCAGGAACGUCUCAUUCCAGCCGCUUUUUUGUACCGCCUUCGUUUAAGUCUGUUGGCAACCCAGUGGAGGCUCGCCGGUGGCUACGGCAGGCCAGAGCCAACUUCUCAGCUGCAAGAAAUGACCUUCACAAAAAUGCCAAUGAGUGGGUUUGCUUCAAGUGCUUUCUGGCCACCAAACUAGCACUAAUUGCUGCAGACUAUGCAGUCCGAGGCAAAUCGGACAAAGACGUGAAACCCACAGCAUUAGCUCAGAAGGUGGAAGAGUACAACUCUCAGCUGACGGGGCUGGCUAAGGACGUCCAGAUACUGGAAGGGUAUGGUGUUGACAGCCUGAGAACCCGCUAUCCUGAUCUUCUCCCCUUCCCUCAAAUCCCCAAUGACAGGUACACCUCGGAAGUGGCACUGAGAGUGAUGGAAUGUACGGCUCGGAUAAUCAUCAAACUGGAGACAUUUGUGCAACAUAAAAUAUAAAUUAUCAAGAAAUUCCAGUUGUUCAGCCACAUUUUAUAUAUAUAUAUAUAUAUCAAAAUCAGAAUGGUGGCUAAGUGCAAUACGAACAAGUGAAUAUAAUACAAGACAUGGCUGAAUCAAAAAUAUGUAUUCAGUUGGCAGUUUAUGCACAAGCCUGCUUCCUGCAUACGUCUGCUCAUACACGUACAAACAGGCGCCACCCGAGCCUGACAAUAUUGUAACCUUUUACUUAAAUGACAGAGUCUUUGACAUGUAACUGUACAUAAUGCUAAAGGCUGCAGCAAUAUUUUUCUUUUUAAACCAAAGGUUGCAUUUUCCCCUGUACAAAGUGAACAAGAAUAUGCUACUUUUUUACCUCAUCUUUUAUAUAAAAGUAUUUUUCUUGACACAGUCAAACCAGUUGACUGUAUUGUAAGCAUGUGUUAGCAUUACACUUGGUUAAAGAGCGCUUGUGUGUUUGCUGAAAUUUGGGAGUGAAGACUUUUACAUGCGGAGCGUUGUACAUUAAACAACAGUGCAGAGUACAAUGAAGAUCUAAAAAUAACCUGAUUGUUCUGUGACUUCCUGGAUGUCUACUUAUGUGUUAUGUCUUGUGGUCUGGCUGUUAUUUAGAAUGAAUGACUAAAAUCAUCAUACUGUGCUUAACAUUAU